GCCGCGGGCCGGGCGGCGUCGGGGCGCCCCCCCCUCGCUGUACCCCGACUCUCCCUCUCCCGUCAGCUUCCCGGAGGUGGUGUGCGCGCGCGCUUCCCGGGGAGCGUGACAGUGAAGAUCUGGAAGGCUCGCCUAGGUCCGGCGACCGCAGCCGAUCCCGUCGUAGCAACUUGGCCUGGCGAAGAAGAAGGGCAGAAGAAGGAGACCAAAAGAAGCUCUGACCCCCCCGGAGUGCUGACAGAAGGCCGAGAAAUCGGUGCCUUGGGACGAUGAUGGAAGUUAACGGGAACUCCUGUACCCCUGUGGACUCGUCUCCCCGCACAGUUUUCCCGGGAUCGGUGGCCGGCCGUGGUCACGACGCCUUUGGUUUUUAAUGUUAACCAUCCACGUAUCAAAAGGCAGGUGAUCGGAAAGAAUGAAUGUGGCCUGGGGGUAGAUGAUGAUGAUGAUGAUGAUGAUGAUUUUCUCUGCAGGGAGACUUCUCGUUUAGAAUUUGAAUGUGCUUCACGUUGACUGACUGGGUUUAAGUAGUCUCGCAGAAGAAGAGUGAAAAGUUUUUACUCUCCCUCAUCACGUCUGGAAAAUGACUUGUACUUGCUAGUCACUAGUCAAGUGGAUCUGACAUAAUGCCUGUGAAAUUCAGUCUCCUGGGUUCCUCUCAGUCUUGAUUAGAAGAUGCACAUUUCAUAUUGUUUAGCCACACUGGUGAUUGAUUAGGAUGAGUCACUGUGUAAAAGCCAGCAGUUACUUAAAAUGUUCUUACACUUACGUGAGCUUGUGCUUCUAAAUCACAGCAUUAAAGUCACAAACAUUUUUGCAUUCAUAACUAGAAAAAAAACUACAGGUAGGGUAAUUUGUGUGUGUGUGUAGGGGAUUUUUGUGCAGUCUAAUGUGUUAAUAGAGUUUCUGGCGAUUUUGCUUAAGGACUGUAGCAUGUUGGCACUGCAAGAGAAACUCAUUUUUUGAGAGCUGGUAUUAGAAGUGGUCCAGAUGUUGCUGUAGGAGGAUAAAUGAUAACAUUAGUACAUUACUAUUGAAAGUCAAAGAUGUGUAAGCAUUAGUUAUAUUUAACUGGCAAAUUAAAACAAACUAGUCUUGAAUUGGAAUUCAUGAGGUUUGUGCUAAUAAAACAAAUUGUCUUAGUUAAGAUGAUUAGAUAAAAUUUAAGUUAGGAUGUGUGUUUCAACAAUUUGACAAUUGUUGAAAAAAUGUUUACUUGUAGGUGGAUUUAUUUAUUUUAAUUAGGGAAGACAAAAUGACAUGCAUUAUGUUGCUUCCCAAAAUAUUUUUAAAGUUAAAAGAGACUAAAUAGGAAUAUUGGAAUUUUCACGUGGACAAGUUUUCAAGAAGCCAUUUUAUAGCUUUCGUUGACAUAUUAAUGUGAACACUUUUUUGAAACCAGGCUUAUUACUUCAUUUUCUUUUCUAGUACUGUGCAGAUAUUUUAAUAGCAAACCACACUGAUUUUGGAGGUAGCAUGUACCAAGUAAUUGAAUAUCUUUACUAGAUCAGUUUGUAGCUCAAAAAGUUUAUAGAUCCUUCUUAAAGGAUAGCCUUUCAGACCUUUGUGUGAUAGUGGUACUUAGGUGUAAGGGAUAGACUAAAGCGGUGUUUGAUCAUUAAAGACAUGUUAAUUAUAAUUAUUAAUUUACACGUCUCAUUUGGUGAGACUUCAUUAAGUCUUGUUAGUUCACAUAUACAUGAAAGUGUUAGGUACAAGUUUCCUUAAGUUAUUUAGGAGUUCAUACUGGUAAUCUUUGUAUUUCAAGUUAAUUGUAUUUUUAGUAUGUUUCUGCUUCUCUACAUUGUUAUUUAGGUUCCUCAGUGUUGUACAGGAUGGUUGAAGUGCCUUAAGGUUAUUGGCAUAAUUAGAUUCCAUAGUUACAACAUUUUAUGUUUUGUUUUAGAUUAGUUUUAAUGGUAUUGCUUUAAGCAUAUCAGGUAAAGAGUGGUGCUGAGAUUUUUUUGACUUUUAGUAUUUAUCUUGGUUACUUUGGAAUCAUAAAAUUUGGAAAGCCAUUGAUUUGGAUUUAUUUAAAAGCUGAUUUUUGAAUUUCAAGCUUUGCUAUUUUAUCAUGUUAAAUGGAUGCUUUAUUAAUUUGAGUUGGUCUUUUGUAAGGGAGGAGAAUGGCAAGAGAGAUGAACAUAAAUAUGAACUAGAUAUUUGAAUUUUCACUGGGGAGUGAUAGGGAAGGAUUUAAUUUUGUGUUUAUACUGAUAUUUUACUUGUAGAAGUUUUUUUUUUUUAAGUGGAUAUAAAACGUUAAAAUGCAUUGACCUUAAGAUAUAACUAAAUGAGCUUGGUAGUUAAUACACGCUUCUUACUACCAUUGCUCCUUCUACUCAUGUAGUACAAUUUUCAGCACAUUUUUAUUGUUCAUUAUUUGAAGAUAUCUACUUGGGUUUUAUAUUUACUUUUUGCAGAGGCUAAUUAAUUUCCCCUUGAAACAAAAUGAUUUUGUUAUACCCAUAAUUCUAAUUGUUUUCACUUUUGGUAGGUUAUUCUGAAAUGGAUAUCCUACCCUGGCAUGAGACCAAUUACAGGGUUCAAAGAUUAAUUAUAUUUCAUUUUCUUUCCACAGUUAAGUUGCUUUUACAGAAUUAACAGGUCUCCAAGAAAUAAAAAGAAAAGGUCAUUAUUGCUGUGGUUUGAGCUCAGCAUGGCUGUAGUCAUCCGUUUACUGGGGCUUCCUUUUAUUGCGGGGCCUGUGGAUAUUCGUCACUUCUUCAAGGGAUUGACUAUUCCUGAUGGAGGAGUGCAUAUAAUUGGAGGGGAAAUUGGGGAGGCUUUUAUUAUAUUUGCAACAGAUGAAGAUGCAAGACGUGCUGUAAGUCGUUCAGGAGGGUUUAUCAAAGAUUCAUCUGUAGAGCUUUUUCUUAGUAGCAAAGCAGAAAUGCAGAAGACUAUAGAAAUGAAAAGAACUAAUCGUAUAGGAAGAGGGCGACGAGGAUCUGGGUCAUCAGGGGUUGGAAAACGGUCUAAUUUUAUUGAGGCAAUGAAGAAAGAUGAAAGUAAUUCUAGAUAUGGCUCUUCAGUUAAUCAAGAUGCUGGAUUUCAUACUAAUGGUACAGGAUUUGAUGAUUUAAGGCCAAGAAAGACAAGGCCAUCAAAGGCUGAGAAUCCUUAUUUGUUUCUACGAGGUUUGCCUUACUUAGUUAAUGAAGAUGACGUACGUGUCUUUUUCUCUGGUCUGUGUGUGGAUGGAGUCAUUUUCUUAAAACAUCAUGAUGGCCGAAAUAAUGGUGAUGCCAUAGUAAAAUUUGCUUCAUGUAUUGAUGCAUCAGGAGGCCUUAAAUGCCAUAGAAGUUUUAUGGGUUCAAGAUUUAUAGAAGUAAUGCAGGGUUCAGAACAACAGUGGAUUGAGUUUGGUGGUAAGGAAAUUAAGGAAGGUGUUCCUGUACGAUCUGAAGAACAUCCUCUCAGAGGAAUUAAUAAUAGACAUUUCCGAAAACGGUCUCAUUCUAAAUCUCCCAGAAGAACACGCUCUCGCUCCCCUGUUGGAUUUUAUGUUCACUUAAAAAAUUUGUCCCUAAGUAUUGAUGAAAGAGAUUUGAGAAAUUUCUUUAGAGAGACUGAUCUGACCGAUGAACAAAUUAGGUUUUUAUAUAAGGAUGAAAGAAGGUCACGAUAUGCCUUUGUGAUGUUUAAGACUGAGAAAGACUAUAAUACAGCAUUAAGUUUACAUAAAACUGUUUUACAGUAUCGUCCAGUUCUUAUUGACCCAGUUUCUAGAAAACAAAUGCUGAAGUUCAUUGAAUAUUAUGAAAAGAAGAGACGAGGAUCAAUUGAGAAAGAGAGAACUGGACAUGCUUCACAAAAAUACUUAGAAGAGGACUACACUGGCCAGAAACUCUGUAUAUAUAUAAGAAAUUUUCCAUUUGAUGUUACAAAAGUUGAGGUGCAAAAGUUUUUUGCAGGCUUUGCCCUUGCUGAGGAUGACAUUUACUUGCUUUAUGAUGACAAAGGAGUUGGUCUGGGAGAAGCGUUGGUGAAAUUUAAAUCAGAAGAACAGGCUAUGAAAGCUGAACGUUUAAAUCGCCGAAGAUUCUUAGGGACAGAGGUAUUACUAAGACUUAUAACGGAGGCACAAAUGCAGGAGUUUGGUAUAAAUUGUUCUUUCAUGUCCAGUGGCAAAAUGCAAGCCUGUUCCCAGUCGCGUGAUAGAGAUGACCGGUGCCAUUUAUUUGGCUCAAAAGACUCACCAGUAUACUCAUAUGACCCUUCUGAAGACCGGAGAUACCAGGUAGAGGAGUUAAGGCAUCCAGGUAACCUCAAGCAUCCCCAGGGACAUUUCCGACAGCCCAAUAGGCACCCUCCGGAAAACUUCAGGCACUCUCCAGAGGACUUCAGGCUCUCCCCAGAGGAUAAUAGACACACUCGGGAGGAAUACUUCCGGCGGCCUCCUGCAGAAAACUUCCGGCGCCUACAAGAGGACUUUAGGCACCCACAAGAGGACUUUAGGCACCCACAAGAGGAAAACUGGAGACGGGAGGAAAACUGGAGACGGGAGGAAAACUGGAGACGGCCUUUUGAGGAGGACUGGAGGGGGCCACCAGAGGAGGAUUUCAGACAGCCCCCUGAAGAGGACUUAAGGCGACCCCUAGAGGAGGGUUUCAGGCGUCCUUGGGAGGAGGACGACUUGAGGUGCCAUAGGGAGGAGGACUUCAGGAGACCCUUUGAGGAAGAUUUCAGACAUUCCUCUGAGGAGGACUUCAGGCGGUCACCCCCGGAACACUUCAGACGACCACCUCAGGAGCAUUUUAGGAGGCCACCCCCAGAACACUUCAAGCGGCUGCCGCCGGAGCACUUCAGGAGACCGCCCCAGGAGCACUUCAGGAGGCCACCCCCGGAACACUUUAGGCGGCCACCCCAGGAACAUUUCAGGCGUUCCCAAGAGGAAGAUUUCAGGCAUAUGCCAGAUGAAGACUUCAGAGGCCCUCCUAAUGAGGACUUUAGGCCCCCUCCUGAUGAAGACUUCAGGAGCCCCCCGGAAGAUGAUCUGAGAUGCCCUUCUGACGAAGACUUCAGGCAGCUUCCUGCGGAGGACCUCAGGGACGUUCCAGAGGAGGAUCCCAGACUUCCUGACAAUUUUAGACCUCCUGGAGAGGAUUUUAGGAGUGCAUCUGCGGAUUUUAGAAGCCAUCGUCCUUUAGUGAAUUUUGGUCGCCCAGAAGGUGGCAAACUUGAUUUUGGAAAGCGUAAUAUGGGAGGUUAUCCUGAAGGGAGAUUUAUGCCUGACCCCAAAUUAAAUUGUGGUUCUGGUAGAAUAACUCCUGUUAAAAUAGUGAAUCUUCCAUUUAAAGCUAAUGUUAAUGAAAUCUUAGACUUUUUCCAUGGUUAUAGAAUCAUACCUGAUUCAAUUUCAAUACAGUAUAAUGAGCAAGGAUUGCCUACAGGAGAAGCCAUUGUUGCUUUGAUAAACUAUAAUGAAGCUAUGGCUGCUAUUAAAGAUCUAAAUGAUAGGCCAGUGGGGCCCCGCAAAGUUAAGCUGCUUUUGCUUUAGAGUGCAUUUCUAAAUUGUUUCCUUCCCACAGUAUUGAUGCAGUAAAAAUGAAGAUUUGAAAUAGUGUUUUAAAAAUAUCUAGUGAAACAUUUUAAUUCUGACCUGUGAAUAUAAAAAAUGUAAAUAGAAUGUGAAUCUGGUUUUGUUUUACUUGCACAUUGCUGCUUUUUUCCCCUAACUUAUAAUUCCAUAUGCCUUAUUUUCUCUAAUUAAUGAGGUUUCCCAAGGGUAUGUCUUCCCCCCUCCCAAUGUUAUGGAUACAGUUGUAUAGAGUUGUAAUAGAAGAGGAAAAAUUUUAUAUUCACUUUUAUUCUGUAGUCAAUCUGUAGCCAAGGAAAUAGUGAGUGACUGUUCAGGUUUGGCAUUUUAUUAUCUGUCUGCAGAAUUAAUAACCUCUUGUCUGAGAUUCUACCAUACUAAGGUCUCCUAUUAUAAAUAAUUCAAAAUGAACAGACUGUGAACUUGAAAUUUACUUAUGUAAAAAGCUUAGGAGAUUCUUAAAAGUUUGUGUUCAUAACCUUGCAGUUUUUUAAAAAAUAAAAUCGCAACUGAAAUAGA